UAUGACUACAGUACCAUAACAGCACUCACUAUUAUCUAGCUCAAUGUUUACCAUGUUUACUUUAGAUGCCAGAAGUACUGAAGAGACAUAUCCUGGUAUGAGAUCAUUUCAAAACUUAAUCACGUGUCAUAGUUUAAGGAGUUGUUUGGACUCACGUAAACCCGUGAUUCAAACAGAUCGCAGCAACAGUAUAAUCCUGAACCCCUUAACUCAGUUACGUUCUGUAUAUAACGUACCCUGGAUAACCUCACAUUGUGUUCUAGUACCGACUGCGUUGAAGUUGCUGAUUUUACGAAAACCAGAUCAUGAAUCGUGUUCUAAACGGGAUUUUGCUGUUGUUUUGUUUUGGGGCGUUGUUCACAAAACUGCCGGCAGUUCUUGCACGUCCAUACAUCGCUGCUGUUGUCGAAUAUUCUCCUACAGGAAGCGUGUUCAGCCAAACUCCAGCAGAAGUACUUGGUCAAAAUUUGAAUAAUUACAACCAACUUAUUGUCGAAGCUGCAUCUUUGGGUGUUGACAUAAUAGUUUUUCCUGAAUACGGAAUAACAACAUUAACUCUCUCUUCUUUAUCGCGAUUGGCUGCACGACCAUUUCUACAACAGUUUCCAUCCAUCAAUAGUUCUGCUCCGCAAUUGUUAUGCGAUGGGAAUGCAACUAUUCCUGACCGAGAUCUAGUCUUCACAAAGUUGAGUUGCUACGCGCGUCAAAAUGCUAUCUACGUAGUGAUUAACGUAGGCGAAAUAGUAGUGUGUUCUGCAGGCCAGAACACCUCGGAAAAUGGGGUGUGCCCGGAUGAUGGAGCAUUUCAAUACAGUAGCGACGUUGUAUUUGAUCGAAACGGCGUUUUACUUGCUCGCUAUCGGAAAACUCAUUUGUUCCUGGAGCCUCUUUUUCAGGUCCCAAUUGCUACUGAUCUCACUGUUUUCUCCACCGAUUUUGGAAUCAAUUUCGGGAUGAUGACAUGCUUCGAUAUAAUGUUUUACGAACCUGCAUUGACUCUCUACUACCAACAAGGAAUCAAAGACUUUGUCUUUCCUACCGCCUGGGUAGACGAGCUGCCAUUCCUUACCGCCAUUCAAAUGCAAGAGGGAUGGACGCGUUUCCUAGGCGGAACUUUGUUAGCUUCUAAUUAUCAUCUUCCAGCCAAUGCUCAAAUAGGAAGCGGUAUAUACGAUGCUGCUGGUGCAAUUAAUUACACCUCUAGUCCCGAUUCGGGGACACGGUUGGUCGUCGCCCAGGUUGGAGGCAAUGAAAAAAGUACUUUUGCAGAUUCAGUCAGCAGUUCUACCGCUCGCUGGAUGGAACCGCAUGGAAUGUUGUACGAAGACCUCACCAACUAUUCCAACAUGGAGUUAAUAACUGGCGAGGCUCAAACCGUUUCUUUGUGUCACGAAGAUUUGUGCUGUCAUUUAAAUUAUUCCAUUGUUUGCCCCACGAAUGAGGUCUGUGAUCAGUACCGGUUGUUUAGUUAUAGUGGAUUCCGGACACUGGGUGGUGGAACGUAUACAGUCAGCAUUCAGUUGUGCGGUGUUGUUGCUUGCGUCAAUGAAAGUGUACAAAGUUGUGCUAAGCCAACAGUAACCCAGAUAGCUCAGAUAAAUGCGCUUGAACUAGCGGGUAAUUUUUCAUCAGCCCAUCAAAUUUAUCCUACUUGUAUUACCAAGGAAUUGCAGCUAUUGCCUGUCGGAAGUCUUCAAUUUAACAUUUACGAUGACGGUGAAGUUGGAUUGGUUGCUUCUCGAUCCUUAUCGGAGACUUUAGCCAUUGGUCUUUACGGAAGAGCUUACGACAAAGACAUUGAUGGAAAGUGAAUGACUUCGCCAAUAAAACUGUUAUAAUGGCUGGGAAAGAUGAGAUAUGACUUUUGGAUUGGCAAGCAAUCAUUGAUUUUGUUUUCGGGAAUUUUGAAAUACAUGUAAUGCAUGUGUAA